AUGGCAUCAAUUGCAAUCUAUCCCGAACCAGAUUCACAGGUUGAAGUCAUCAUGACACCUCCACACAAUCCCGAAUUGGUUUUAGAGAUUCCAAAACCGAUUCUCAACUCUCGUUAUACUGCUCACUUUAUGGAAUACAAAUCAGCCAUCCAAAAUGUAGAUCAAGAUUCACCCACUCGAUCUCGUUAUCAUGAUCGUCGAGCUCAUACUCAUACAACCGGCUCAACUAGUAGUGAUGGUAGCCCGCAAUCAGGAUUUACUGAUGAGAUCUCAAGUGCUGAAACUUUAUUGUGUGACGGGAUGUUAUUUUUACGUGAUGAUUUAGUAUCUCCUAUACCUGAUUUACUUCAUUCAAUGGAGAAGAAUUAUCCCCGUUACGGUCAUGCAAGGUAUAUCAUUGAAUCCGAUACAACUUUCACAAUGUGGUCUAGACGUGGUUGGUUAAACUUAGAUGCAAGCACUUGGUCUGAUACUUCAGAAUCUACUUUUUUCGUAGUAUGGCCCGUCUAUGCUUAUGUGAAUCGAUUUGCGAAAAUGGAUCUUCAAACUCGUGCGAUGAUGAGAAAGAGUGGUCUCACCCAUUGGUCGGUAAAUAUUUCAUAAUGUGAUAAUAAUUGGGAUAAUAGUUUGUUGUUCGGUUGUUGUUGUUUUGGUGUUUUGAAGGCUUUCAAGAAAUCCAAAAUCAAUUAG